AUGAAGAAACCUCAGACUCUAAUUAAUUACGCUUUGUUUUCAAUAUUCUUUCCUAAAACCCCUCAUAUCUUGACAACUCUUAUAGAUAUCCUACUAAGUUUGGCCGUAUUUCCAGGUUCAGGCCACUCUCCACCGAAUCGACACUCUAAAAGACAUCUAAUGGACUGCUCAGACUACAGAACUUGUACUUCGUGCAAUUACUACAUCAGUAAGUCCUGAAGGCAACUGGUCCUUUGAGGGUUAGUUUUGAGGUUUUAGGGUAACAAUAAUUUUGAGUACGAAGAAGGGAUAUGGUAGAGAAGAUGGGAAGUUUCAUAAAUAUUCCCAAAAUUGAUUUUAUUCUGAUACAAAUUCUUGAGAAUUUUGAGAAGAUGGUGAAUAUUAUGAUAGUACAGAAGAAGCUUGUAAUCCUUGCAAUGGUAAAUGCACUGGUAAAUGCUCCUACCAAUCUUUCUGAUUCGACUGUUCUUCUGGUCAGUACUUUGACCUCGACAACAUGGAAUGCGUCAGCACAUGCUCAUCGACACAGAUCACAAUUACAAACUCUCAAUUCCAUAGCAAGCCUAUUUGCAGAGGCUUUGACUAUUUCGUAGACACAAGUAGCGGCAGCUACAUGGAACUCGGUACUAAGCAGUACCCUUACAAGAACAUCGAAUUAGCAUUUGUAGAAAUCCUGAACUUCCACUCACAUAGUGACAGAAACCUCCGAGUCAAAGUCAUGGAGAAUACCGACAACUACGUCGGAGGUAUUCUGGGAUCCAGUCUAAGGUCAGACAGGCGUCCCGUUGUCUUGGUCAAUAACAUCACUUCUGUGACAGUUGAGAGUUACUCUGUGUACUCUUCUCUGAGUCCUAGAGCUGCCUCUAUAUAUUUCACAAGCUCAAGCUCGGUCAGCGACCCAAAGACAAUGUUUAACAUAAUGAAUCACACACAGUCAGAGAUAGAGUCUAAUAUUACUAGUUCAUCAAAACUGAUAUAAUCAGUCAUUCAAGUUUCACAAUGAACCGGAUCAACCUAUUAACUGCUUUCGCUGACAAACAGAUCGACACUGACUUGUUUACAGUAACUGAUGGGAAAGGCAAAGUGGUAACUCUCAAGAACUUGCAGAUCAAAGCCUCGAAUAUUGAUGGGAGCAUUCUGUAUAACUAUGGUCAAGAAACCAGUUUGCAUCUUGAGAACUUAGACAUUGACUUUUAUGGAGUCCAGCAUGGCAUCGAAUUCCAUCCAGCUUGUUCUGAGAGCUUGACUGGCACAGAAACGUCAGUUGUGGUGACAAAUGUGACUGCUUAUAAUUCUCAAGAAAGAGGAGAUAGAGCGUAUUCGUAUUUUUACUUCAACGGAAAUGCUAAUAUCACAAUCUCUGACUCUAAGUUUGAAAUAUUCAAGUCAAAUACAGAUGGGAUUGGGACGAUUGAACUUCAGACUACAGAGUCUUGCUCCACAGGAAGUUACCCUCACACUGUCGAUAUCCUCAAUAAUGAGUUUCAGUUGAACUCGAAUCCAUAUGGUUACAGGUUCAAUAAUAUUGAUAUCAGGUAUAUCGCCUCUAGCAGGCCAGAGGUGCUAAAUAUCAAGCAUAAUGUCUUUAAGAAUAUACUAAGCUCUAUUCUUCCAGUUGUGCAGACUAAUAUUGAGUCUGAAUGUGACAUCUUCAUGGAAAAUAACACAUUUGUUAAUGUUUCAGCAACAAGCGAAAUUGUAUUUCUGAAUACUAAGGGGACUGUCAGUAUCAAAACCACAGAAUUUUCUGAUAUAUCAGAAUUUGGAGGAAAUAUUUUCUCCAUUACCAGUGCAGCAAGAGUUUUUAUAGAUGGUUUUAAAGUCCAGAAUGUUUCACAAAUAGCCAAAACUGAGACAGCAUUUAUUUUAGCUAAAAUAACAAGUCAAAUAGAUUUCAGUAUAUCAAAUUUGGAUAUUAGUGGUGUGACAAUUAAUACUACUCCGGUGCUGAAUCUCAGAGGCGAAAUUGGCAAACUAGAAAUAACUGAUUCUAUCUUUAGUGGAGUUACUUUUGGAUCUGAAACUUCAAUGUUGUUGGUUAACUCUUUGAGUUCACUAAAACUACAAAAUCUAACUUUCACAAAUUUAACUGAGGACUCUUCCACAGCAGUUGAUAACUUUAUUUUUACUAUGAGUACACUUAGGCUCGAUGGCUCUGUCAAUUCCACUAUACAAGACAUCUUCAUUGAAAGUUGAUUGGUGGGAUUCAUGUCUUUCAAUGAAAUCAGUGAAGUUACAACAACUCCCAAGCAACUUGAGAUGUCUAACAUUGUAAUUAAAGAGUCUGUUUAUUCUCGAUCUAUCAGCUUGAUUUCUCUCACUGAGAUAAUCACUGACCAAGACUUUCAGAUCCAGAUCAGUGGAUUGGUGUUCAAAGAACUAGAAUUUCAAAUGACUGGGGAUUUAGUAUUCUUGAGCUGUCAAAUCAAAAAAGGAAUACACUUCAAUGAUCUUGUGCUUGAUGACAUCAAAGGUGGGACAAUAUUUUCGUCAGCUUACAAAACUUCUGACUCAACUCCAGCAAAGUUCUCAAUCAAGAAUGUUUCAAUCACCCAAGUUGAUGCCAGGUACAUGUCUCUGAUUACGAUCAGAGACAAAGUGGAGCUUGACAUCAGUGACUCGACUAUUGAGCUUGUGACUUCGUUUGGAAAAGGAUCGGUAUUGAAUGUGCAAGGAUCUGAGAGUACAGUGUCUAUCCGAAACUGUACUCUGAGUAGAAAUGCUGCCUUUGAAGGAGGCGUAUUCAAUAUUGACGCUAACAGUGCACUAAAAGUGUAUGACUCCACGAUCAGUCAGAACUUCGCUCUGCAAGGCGGAGUCAUAAGCACUGCCGUCCAAGGCUUCUUUGAAUUUUAUAGGGUAACGAUACAAAGUAAUUAUGCAGUUUCGAUGCCUGUUGGAGUACUGUUGGACACUUCUUCUACCUCAAUUCUCAACAACUGCACCAUCACAGAGAACCUGGCCAUCUCACUCACAUCCCUCUCACUCGAACUCACCUCUACAUGCAAAUUACUCUGUUUCCUCAAAUCCAGUUACAAAGAGUACAUCUCCACUGACCAAAAAUUCAACUCUUUUUCACCCUCUUCUUAUUGUUUUCAGACUAUGCAAGGGAACAUACUGUUCACAAAUCAGACAUUAAUAACAUUACAGCCAGAGCUAAUUGUAGCACUUUCAAAUUCAGAAUUGGUUAUUGAAUCCGUGGUUUUCACUGACAUAAGUAGCUCAACCUCUCAUAUAUCUGUUCUUGAGUCAGAUGCUCUCAUAGAUAAUGUGAGUAUUACGAAUGUACAUAUUAGUGGAUCUAUCUUCGAUUCUUUUAUUGAGACUGACCAUCAAAGCAUCUCUGUGGUGAGUAAUACCAACUAUACUAAUAAUAUCGGAUGCUUUGUAUUUACUUUCGAAUGUAAGAUGACACUUGAUAAUGUCCGUAUUGAAAACAUCACUGUAGACAACUAUGUUCUGAACAUUGAUCAAUCACAUUUCUUUUUCAAAAACUCUCUUGUUCGAAAUAUUACAUCCAAAAAUCAAGAAUCUGUGAUUUUGUACAUAAACAUACACCAGCAUCAUUUCCAUGGAGGAGCUCAACAAACAGUGACGAAAGAGAUUGAGCAAUACAAUUUGACCUUUGAAGAUAUUGAUCAAACAGUCAUUAAGCUCUAUGCUACUCUUAUAAUUCAUAGUGACAACAUCACUUUCCGGAAUUCCCAGAGAGCAAUGACUAUUAUAAAGAAUGGCUCGGCUAGUUAUGAAAACUCUGUGUUUGAAAACCUCGGCUCUUCUAGCCUGAGUGACGGAGCUGCAUUUAGUGCUAACUUUGCCCAAAUCUAUCUGAAAAAUACGACUGUCAGAAAUAAUCAAGCUAUCAAUGGAGGAGCUAUGAAUCUUGAUUGUGUUACCGAGUACAAGUGUGAGUUCAAUUUUACUGACUGCGCCUUUUUAAACAAUUCGGCCCAGAUGAAUGGAGGGGCUAUCCAGUUCGGAGUCUACGCUCCAGUGAGUGUGAAUACACUGUAUGCAAAUAACUCUGCUCAGUACGGGCCUGAUAUAGCAGGGUACGCUGUAAAGGCAGUGCUCAAAGAUAGUAAAACAGAUGAUAUCAUAAUUAACAAUGUUGGAAGUGGAAUAAAAAUUACUGAAGGGUUUACUUUACAGCUGGUUGACUUUGAGGGCAAAGUCAUGCAUUUGGAUAACUCAUCCAAGUUAGUUAUUAAGAUCAGUACUCCAAACGAAGUGAUCCAAGGAGCUGAUGUUAAAAUAGCAAGCCAGGGUGAAGCUACAUUCGAUAAUCUGAUAUUCACAUCACAUCCAGGAGACCAAUCUGUAGAGUUUCGGAUAGUUACAACAGCUGUGAAUGAUGAAUUAGUGAUGGCCCAGUACGGAGAGAUUGUACAGAAACCCUUAACAGUAAACUUCAGGUACUGCCAGCCAGGAGAAUAUGAGAUCGGAGAUGUCUGACAAGAAUGCUCACCUGGAAGCUACUCUUUUAAAUGGAACUCUACUGUAUGUAACAGCUGUUUUGACAAAGGAAACUGCCUGGGUGGAAUUGAGGUAUAUCUCGAGGAAGGAUACUGGCGUAGAACACUGAAUUCUACAUCUAUCACAAAAUGUCUACGCAAAAAGUCAUGAAAAGGUGGCUUCUCUGAAGUAAACGAACACCCUAUAGAGUGUGACGAAGGCUACACAGGUCUUUUGUGAGCAAAAUGUCAAAUUACCGAAUCAAUCAAAUAUGAAGAUAUUGGCAAUUAUAGAUGAGCUCCUUGUCCAAAUCCAGUACUCAAUGCACUCAGACUGGCUGGGCUGGUUAUAGCAGUACUUGUAUUUAUGGUAAUACUUGUGAUUUUCAUGAUUAAAAAGAAAGAGGAAAGCCAGAAGUCUAUACUUAUGAAGAUAUUAACAAACUAUCUUCAAAUAAUUACGGUGGUUCUUACAAUGAAGAUAGAGUACCCUGAGCUAUUCACCAGUUUACUAUACCCCGCUGACCUUGUAGGAUCUCCUACUACACCAUUCGUAUCAUUUGAUUGCUUUGUACAGAACCAAGAGUUGACUCUAUUUGCUCCUUCUGCUUCAUUCUUUGAAAUUUUCUUAUCUGGAAUGCUUCCGUUGAUAUUCGCUCCUUGAAUAUUUGUUAUUUUUGCCAUAACCUACAAACUUCCAUAUCCUUGGGCUAAGGAGUACAAGAGAAAUGUGGUGGUAACUUUGAUCGUGGUGCUGUUCAUCCUACAUCCUAAUCUGACACAGAACUCCCUCAGCAUGUUUGAAUGAGCUGCAGUCCCUGAACUGGAAUCAAGAGUCACCAUUGACCUUGAUAUGGAGUGAUUGUCAAGCAAACAUCUGUUGUGGAUCUUUUUAGUAGCUAUACCGAUGUUCUUUAUUUAUGGAAUUGGAAUUCCUUUGACAGCAUUCAUCCUAUUGUAUCGGUCUAGAAAUAACUUAAACAAUAUUGAGAUAAAAAGAUACUUCCUUGUCCUGUAUCAGGGUCUCAAGCCCAGAGUAUUUUAUUGGGAAUUUGUCAACACUUCUCGAAAGGUUACUAUACUAAUCGUGGUUGUUUUCUUAGCCCAAGCAUCUGUACACCUAAAGGCUCUCCUUAUUGUAUUGGUUGUUGUUAUCUUCUUCAGGCUACAAAUAUUCCUAUCUCCUUACAAACUUCAGGAGAACAAUGCUCUUGAAAGACUAGAAAUGACCACAGGCCUGAUUACUCUAUACGGCGGAAUGUUGUUCAUUAGUGAAAAUGACAGAGAGCCAGUUAUAGAUCUACUAGUUUUUAUGUUCAUAAUUGUCUGCAACAUUAACUUCGUGAUUAAUUGGACAUACAACAUGUUGUGCACAUUCAGGAACGUUCAUAGCAUCCUCGACUCAAUCAUUGUGUGCGUAGGGUUCCUUCUUUGCAAGCAAAGGUUCAAACCAGAGAAUAUGAGCAAGUUGCAAAAACCAAAGACUCCAAAGGUAUUAAUCAUGAAGUCAGGCAAGAAGGUCAAAGUGAGGAGAAAGCGAAGAAGGCCUGGCAGAGCCAGAAAAGAAGGCAAGAAAUCUAACAGAGAGGCUCCUGAAGAGGUUAAAGAGCAAAACCAGAUUUGCCAAAAUCUAACAAAAUCUAAUGAGAUUCAGAAGGAAGCACAAUCUUUGAGGGAUAUAGACUCUUCAGGUUGAGAUCCAAUAGUUGAACAGCUAGAUCCUGGUAUAAUUUUUGAGUUAAUUUGGAAAAGAAUAUUUUGCCUUAAUCAUCAUGUUCUCAUAUAA